AUGUCAAAUUCACGUAAUAUCGAUCUUAUUAACGCAGCUUUUUCGGCUGUAAUGGGAACCCACAAGUUUAUAUCUGAGAAAGAAUUUAAGGCUAGACAAACCCGUGGUGAAACUAAUAAUGCAUUAUAUGAACAAGUUAACUUAAACUCGUUUCAUCAAAUCAAUCUUGUCGGCAGUAAUCUCAGUAACUUGGACACGAAUAUUGUCAAUAACUUGAGCGCAGAUUUUAACCGUCUAUGUUCAUUUAAUCAAUCUAAUCCUCAUCUAGGUCAAGUUUUUGUUAAGACGCUCACUGGUAAAACCGUAACACUAGAAUGUGGAAAAAAUGAUACUAUUGAUACUAUUAAGCUGAAAAUUCAAGAUAAGGAAGGCAUUCCGCCUGAUCAACAGAAAUUAAUUUUUGCUGGUAAGCAAUUGGAGGAUGGCAGAAAUCUUUCUGACUACAAUAUUCAAAAAGAGAGUACAUUACAUCUGGUUUUACGUCUACGUGGAGGUGGUUGUAUAAUUAGUUAUUUAAGUGUGAAUGUGUUGGACCCGCGAUAUGACUGCGAUUUUACAAAUAUUACUGAUCUGGGUGUGACAUUUAUGAGGGGCAAUAUACUAUAUAAAAGACCGUGUGGAUGGAAACGCAUCGCUUUAAAAGUUACUGAAAAGUAUGAUAACGGUGAUGAUAAAUGGCUCGGUACCGAUGAAAAUUCUUGGCCUGUAUCAUAUCAUGGUACUGCUAAACAUAAUGCAAAAUCAAUUGCUGAAGAUGGUUAUGAUUUAAGCAAAGGAAUUAGAUUUGCCUAUGGACAUGGCAUUUAUUCAACACCUGACGUACAUAUAGCUGAACAAUAUGCGACUGAAUUUGAAUUUGAUGGCAAUACAUAUGUAAUGAUAUUUCAGAACAGAGUAAAUCCUGCUAGUUUAAAAAGAAUUCCUGUUGGAAAUGGUGAAUAUUGGGUUUCUGAAAAAGGUGAAGAUGUCAGACCAUAUGGAAUAUGUAUUAAAAGAAAGUAA